UAGACUUGAAGUGAAUCCUUUUGAACGAUAAUAGAUACUCCAGUAAAAUUUCCAUACUUUGGGUAUUGGAGAUUUCUUCGUAAAAAAGAAUGGAAGAAACGAUUCGACCGGGCAAGACUGACAAGACAAGGACUCAACGAAAUGAUCAGAUCGGGUGUGAUGCGACCGUUCAUAAGUCAAGAUUGGAAACAGAUGUUAUGGCCCGGUUUGAAAAAUCUGACUAUACAAUUUAAGAGUCAAUAUCUUGUUGAAGAAUUAUGGGGUGUUUAUUGUAGGUAUAAUCAGAUACAAGCUUCGGGAGAAUCUCAAGCUCUCGUAUCGAUAUCCACCGGGAAAGCUCUCAAUGACGCUAGAAAAGUCACCGCGGCAGUGAAAAAAGGUACAAAGAUGGAAUGGCAAGUCACAAGACGAUAUAAACCCAUAUUAAUUAAUGCAAGAGUCGGAAUGUUAGAUCUUGAAGGUAUCAAAAAGAUUGCUCAAGUUGUUUUACUUUUAGAAUCUGAUCAAUCUCUCACAACCACCAUUGAUGGUCGGAAAACCAAACAAGAAAAACACGUUACGGAAUAUUGGAUGUUUGAACGUAAUAUUCCUAUCAGAGAAGGAUGGAAGGUGAAGGUGCGUAUGGAUCCACCGGUAUAAGCUAUUCGAGUGAUGAACAAUAAUAUAUUCUUCCAGAUAUACAGAUAUAUUCCCUCAUGCAUUGGAUUCAUCUGUU